AUGGCAAACCAUCUUCAAGAUCCCUUAACUACUUCCCUUAAACCAAGUCUAGUCAACGAAGAACAACUAGACGAAGAAACGGUGAGCUUGCAAGCACAGAGUCUCGUGAACACUAUGGCCUUCCCCAUGGUUCUCAAAGCCGCCUUAGAGCUUGGCGUCAUCGACACAGUCACAUCCGUAGAUGAAGGCGUGUGGCUCGUCUUCCGAGAUUGUGCUUCGUCUCCUAAUCAAACCCACCAACCCGGAGGCACCGGUUUUGUUGGACCGUAUGCUGAUUUUACUAGCGAGUCACAGUCACUCGGUCUUGAAGUACCGUAUGCUUGA